AGCGCUAGCUGCUGCUGCUACCCUGGCAAUUAGACGCUCCAAAGAGUAUCUCUCUUUGGACCCUCUAAACCAAACCGUCACCAGAAAAGUUGAAGUCUUAAAUUCAUCAUGAGUAACAACUCUUCCAGUUUACCAAAGGAUCUAUUUGAUCGAUUAACUUUAGGUGUAGUUCGAUCGUUAGAGAAGAGACCAGGUGUAUGUGACAUACAGCUGAAAGACAUCUCACCUGCAGAACGACAUCUUGUGAUAUCUUGGGAACAACAAAAUUCUUGCAUUCUACCAGAAGACCUUAAGCAAUUCUAUCUAACAUCAAAUGGAUUCCACCUCGAGUGGACCGUUAGAUUUGAAGAUCAAUCUGUUCAUUUGGGUCACAUGGAAGUCAAUCCAAUAGAGAAAGUUGUUAAACUUGCAGGUGGAAGAAACACACCAAAUGCACCAUCAUUAGCAGAUGUUGAUUAUGACACAGAUGAUGAAGUUGAGACAAACAGUGUUGCUUUGAGUCAUGGAAGAAAAUUGCCACAUUUUGAUAUUCGGAGUCGUGUGUUUGAGCUUGAUCCAUGUGAAGGCUAUGGAAAAGUAUGCUUGGUGUACAACAAUGCAAAACAAGGAACACCAGCUGCAGAUUCAGAGAUCUGGUUUUUGGAUCGUUCUUUCCACUGGCAUUUCAUAGCUGAGAGUUUCAGCCAAUAUUUUAGACUGAUGAUCAUGAAUCUGGGCUUACCGCUGUGGCACUUUGCUCUAACUGAUAUUGGGCUACCAAAUCACGCUCAGGUUGGUAUUUUGUGUGUGAAAUCUCAGAUUUUAAAUUUUUAG